CGAGACUUGCGGGUUGUUUUUGUUUUGUUUUGUUUUUUUCCUCCACCUCCACCCUCUAGGGGUGAGUGGCAACUGCGGACAGUAGGCUAGCAAAAGAAAAGGCAAUGAAAAGGUAUAGGCACUGCACAGACGCCUAAAGCUCGCUGGGGCAGAGCGAAACCUUUCCCCGCGGGCCCCGCCUCUCUCGGUAGCCCGCCCGCGUGACCCUGGCUUUUACAUAACCGCGGUUUCGUUGUGUCACCUAUGGCGUCGGUCUUGUCGACCCAAUCGGAACGUCCCAAGCCUCCGGACUCCGCCUCUCUUCUUGGGAUGGACGUCGGGUCAGACCAAUGAGUAGGCGGAAAGAGUAACUGUGCCCGCCCCGCCCCUCCCCGCUGUGUCGCCUCCGCCUCCGGUGGCUACAGGUUGGGGUUGAAUCUGUCAGGGGGAGAAGCGAAGCUCGAGGCGGGGCAAGCUCGGAGCGCGGCCGGGGGCUGAGGCCCGGAGUGGGACAUGGCGGCGCUCUACGCCUGCACCAAAUGCCAUCAGCGCUUCCCCUUCGAGGCGCUGUCCCAGGGACAGCAGCUGUGCAAGGAAUGUCGCAUUGCACAUCCUAUUGUUAAAUGCACCUAUUGUCGAAGUGAAUUCCAGCAGGAAAGUAAAACUAAUACGAUAUGCAAGAAGUGUGCUCAGAAUGUAAAGUUGUAUGGAACGGUAGAUGGGAAGUUGCUGUGUUGGCUGUGUACAUUGUCAUACAAGCGAGUCCUUCAGAAAACCAGAGAGCAGCGGAAGCACCUGAGCAGCUCCUCCCGAGCAGGCCAUCAUCAUCAGGAGAAGGAACAGUACAGCCGGCUGAGUUCUGGGAGCCACUUUAACAGCUUUUCACCAGAUUUAGCUCUGGACUCUCCAGGCACUGAUCACUUUGUCAUCAUUGCCCAGCUAAAGGAAGAAGUGGCUACACUUAAGAAGAUGCUUCAUCAGAAGGAUCAGAUGAUCUUAGAAAAAGAAAAGAAGAUUACUGAAUUGAAAGCUGAUCUGCAGUACCAGGAAUCUCAGAUGAGAGCCAAAAUGAAUCAAAUGGAGAAGACCCACAAAGAAGUCACAGAGCAGUUACAGGCCAAAAACCGAGAGCUUCUGAAGCAAGCAGCUGCUUUGUCAAAGGGCAAAAAAUCUGAGAAGUCAGGAGCAAUGACUUCUCCAUGAAAAAUGACUUGGGAGCUUCUUGAACAGCAGCAACAGGAAGUCUUAGGCUGGUGCUGGAGGCAUGGCUCUACUGGGAGCUGCAAGCUUUCCCAGGAAUCUCCUUUUAUACUGUGGCUGUGGGCAGGGUGGAAACAUCUGGUGUGUUACAUUAGGAUCCGAUACUGGAGGGUGUCAGGGUUAAAUUGAUAUCUCUCUAUUUUUUGUACUUUUUGUUUUUUAUAGUGGUAACUGCUCAGUGUUUUGUGCAGAAGGAAUUAUUUUCCCCACUCCUGCAUCCUGCAUUUCCCAUGAACAAAUAGUUUGGCAUUGGGUAAAUAUUAUCACUGCCACCUUUUGAACUCAGAAGCUGCCACUCUAACAGGACUUAACCCAAUGGAGGUUUCCCUCUCCAUUAAAUUGCUGCUUCAGGGGCUACUUUUUUUUUUUUUUCCAGGUAUACUAUGAACUUUGUACUAUAUAUAGACAGAAGUUUAUUUAUUUAAAAAACAAAAAAUGAAAACCCUUUUUCUUGAGAAAGGGAAAUAAUCAGACCAGCUAGUUUGCUUUGUGACAGAGCUGUGAUAACUAUUGAAAAAACCACCCCAAUCUCCAUUUAGACUACAGAAAAGGAUGGCAAUUUCAUUUGAUUUAAUGCUUAGUUGUUUCAUAAUGUUGAUGGUUAAAGUGAGUGAAACAGUUGGAUUCAGAAGUGGGGCAUUAGGUGCUUUUUUUUUUUUAAGGACCCAUUAAGAAAAGGGCAUUUGAGGAGACAUUUUAGGAGGGAACAGGGAUUUCAAAAGUGUCUCUUUAGAUAAUGUUAGAAAGUUCUGUCCAGGUUGUACUGGACAUCUUCACUUUCCUAAUUAUUUUAUGUAAUUAAUUUUGAACUUUUUUCAUACUGCCACUUAGUUGCUUUUUGAGUCCCUUUCCUUCCCAACACCAGUUGUCAGAUUAAGUCACUGCCAGUGGACAUAGUGAAUUGGAAAAACUGCAAACUAUAGAGCAUGUUUUAAAAUGAAAUGAGCUAUCUCAAGAUAGGCUGUUUGAGUCAGAAGGAAGGAUUGCGAGAAAUAUUGCUGCUGCUGCUGCUGUAUGUGCAUGUGUGUGUGUGUGUGUGAGACACUCACUGUGUGUGUGCAUGUGUGUGAGAGAGAUACUAUGUGUGUGUGUGUGUGUGUAUGUGAGACACUCACUGUGUGUGUGCAUGUGUGUGAGAGAGAUACUAUGUGUGUGUGUGUGUGUGUGUGUGUGUGAAAGAGAGAGAUACCAUCCUCAGAUUUUGAUGGAAAUAAAAUGGGAAAAUAUCUCUUGCAUAUAGUCCAUUCUCAGACAUAAUUGUGAGUGUUGCCCAAGAUGUCCCAAUUACUUACAUUCAGUACACAAUACACUUUGGUUUUUGUUUCAUAGGGAGGAUGAAUUUGCAGUUUUAUUUGCAUACUCUUAAUAAGCCCCACCUUUGUUAUCCCAGCAUAUAUUUGAGAGAAAAUUGUGUGGGAUUAAGAUUUACAGUCUAAACCAUGAAACACACUCAACUACACUAAGUAGUAGAUAAUAAUAAGUAAUUCGUGUAAGUUACCCAUUACUUUGGCCCCAUUGAUCCAUGAGAUACCACACAACUAAUCAAAUGGCAGGCAAGAAUUUGAGGCAAACACAAUGGAGGGUGUGUGUGUGUGUGUCUAAGAGAUGAAUGAAUGAGUCUAAGCUAGCAUGAUUAUUAGGAUGGAUUCAGCUUCAAUGUAUUUUUUAGAAGCAAAAUAUUACAGUUGAGAAUGAAGUACACUGGUGGCUUAAUAUUAUAGCUAUUUCCAGGUUUGUUGACAUCUCAAAUAUCACAUAUAGAUUAACUAACAAAUUGGGAAAAAGAAAAAACAGAUCUGGAAAUGGAUCUCUUUGCCUUAUCUAGAAGGGGUAUAAAUAAAGUAUGUGUGUUGUGUUGUCCAUACAUUGCUGUCAUUUGAAAUACCAGGUUCCCUUCCAAAGAAGGGGGACCAGCAGUACCAGUUAAUUGUGUAUUUUUUUGAAUUAGAACCUUUAAAUAAAGAAGAUCAGACAAUAUUAUUCAGGUACAUUUGUUCUAAGUUUGAAGAAAAGGUUGAAAAAAAUGUGAUACUGUUUUUUAAACCUUAGAGAUUGCGAAAUUGUUACAUCAAAUGUGAUACCAUAAAAUGACAAACUUAGUUUUGUAUUAAAGCUUUUUUUUUUUAAAACUCAACAUUUAAUAUGAAGCAAAUUCACACAUUUUCUAACUUUCCUUAGAUUUUGAAAGGGAGGGAGGGGGCCCCUGGAUUUGAAAUAUUGGUUUUUAAAAUCAUGAUGCUGUUUUAUCAUGAAAUUGAAUAGGUGACUUUUAGUAACACCGUUGUUUCUUUGUAUGUUUGUAAUAAUGGAAAUUUUAAAAUGCAGGAAUGCGUUGGUUUGUACAGACUUUGACAGAUGUAAGAGUGUAAAAAAUUCUUAUUCACUGAAAUACAAUUUUUUUCCUAUUCA